AUGGGAACCAACAAGCAGGAGCCGCAACAUUAUCAGCUCAAGUGGAAUAAUCACCAUGCAAAUUUAUCGUGCGUUUUCGAGCAGCUCCUGCAAGCCGAAGCCUUCACAGACGUCACCAUCGCGUGUGAUGGGACGUCACUCAAGUGUCACAAGAUGGUGUUAGCGGCAUGUUCCUCGUACUUCCAGAAACUCUUCACGGACAAUCCUUGCCAACAUCCGAUCGUCGUCCUGAAGGAUGUCCGCUUCUCUGUGUUCCAUUCGCUCCUCGAUUUUAUGUACAAGGGGGAAGUGAAUGUAUCUGAAGCAGACCUUCCGUCGUUGAUGAAGCUUGCUGAUAGCCUGAAGAUCAAAGGUCUUGUUGAGGAAUCAUCGCCGCAUCCGCCACCACCGUUGUCCCCGAUUCAGUCGUUGACUAAAGUCGGUGAUGGCACGAAAAACUCGUCGACGUGGACGUCCGAUGACUUGCUCAAUAAUCGGGCGUCCCUCGUUCCGUCUUCCAACCCGGCAAGCAAGUCAGUGCCUCCGAUUGCUUGCCUCAACAGUAGUUCGCCGCCGCUUGGCCCCAAGUUUAAUGUGAUAACAGCCAACGGCGGAGACGAGCGGAGUCCGUCGCGUGAAUCGGGUUCCUCGUCCGCUGGCAGCGUGUCCGACGUCCGCAUGGCCGCAAAGUCAGGGUUUCUCGGUGCCUUGUCAAUUCAGCAUCCGAUUCUCAGAAAUGCCUUGGGUACUGGGAAUGGGAUUACCGGUGUUUCUGAUUCCAGUUCAGCCUACGACUCUUCGGACAACGUAGAUCGCAAUUCUGUUCUACUGGAGCGCACGGAACGAAUUGCCGCUGAUGUCGAUAUUUGUUGUGCGUUGUCGGGGAAGUUUAUUAGCGGUCUUUGUUAG